AUGUCCUGCGGAUCUCCCCCCACCCCUGUCCCCACCAUGACCCCCCUGUGUCCCCACAUGCCUCCCCCGGGGAAGUGGGUGGUGAAAGAUGAGAAGGGGAACCCCUGUCUCCUGGCAGACAUGUCCCUCCAGCUCCGAUCACGCUACACCACUGUUGACAACACCACGAGGGUCGGCUGCAUCAAUGUCCCCACUAACGCUGAAGCUACAGGCAUCUGUGGCCAAAACACAUCCCAACUCACCCUCUCCUUCCACGUAAGGCAGUGCAACAUCACCUUCACAUUUUCCGAGUCACGAGAGAAUUUCUCCAAUCCUAGCAGCGUGGAAAAGUUUGGCGUAUCGCAAGUCUCUGUCGAGUACUUCGUAAACGAAAACUGGUUUCCCGAUGCCAAAAAGCUGCAUCACAAGAUGGAGGUGACCACUGCAAACCUGGAGAUAUAUGAAGCACAUGUGGGGCAGUCGUAUCAGUGUAUGGGACAGACAAACAUCACCUUAAACACGGAUGUCACUCUGUUCACCCAGGACCUGCACCUCCAGCCAUUCUCCGUCAGCGGCUACGGUUUCGCUAAAUCUCACGUCUGCCCCGAGGAUCCCACCCCGGAACCCUCCUGGAAGGCCAACGUGGUGCCCAUGGCGGUCGGCUGCGCGCUCGGAGCUUUCGUGAUCCUCGUGACCCUGGGGACGUAUAUCGUGUACAGGCGUAGGCAGAAAAGGAUGGCGGGAUACUCCCUCCUCUCAACAACAUGA